AUGGGCUUCAUCCAGAGCACCUUCUCGCUGCUGGUCGGCGCCGCGGGCGGCAUCUACAUCGCCCAGAACUACGACGUUCCCAACAUCAAGAACUACAUGCAGGGCCUGAUGGGCAAGGCCAAGGAGCUGGACCAUGCCUACAAGAAGCCCGAGGACGGCAGCAAGAGCAAGGCUUACGUGUUCCCCUUCACGCCCCGCUACAUCAUCCCCGUCGCCGGCAUGAUGGUCGGCAACGCCAUGACCGUCACCGGCGUCACCAUGAAGAAGCUCCACGAGGACGUCAAGACGCAGCGGAGCCUCGUGGAGACUGCGCUGGCGCUGGGGGCGACGCCGCGGCAGGCGACGGUGCAGCAGGUGCGCCGGUCGCUGGUGAUCGCGCUGUCGCCGGUGAUCGACAACGCCAAGACGGUGGGGCUGAUCGCGCUGCCGGGGGCCAUGACGGGGCUCAUCAUGGGCGGCGCGUCGCCGCUGGAGGCCAUCCAGCUGCAGAUCGUGGUGAUGAACAUGCUCAUGGGCGCCUCCACCGUCAGCAGCAUCCUCUCCACCUACCUCUGCUGGCCGGCAUUCUUCACCAAGGCCUUCCAGAUCGACAACUCCGUCUUCGCCGACUAG